AUGGGCGGGCGCAACAGCUUGGCAUUCGCCGGCGCGCAUCCGGAGCGGCUGGAGCGGUUGUGCAUUGUGGACAUUGGCCCACGCAUCGAACCGGCCGGAGGCAACCGGAUCACCAACGAGCUGCGCGACCUGCCGCCCGAAUUCAACAAUUUCGAGGACGCAUUGACCCACGUGCAGAAGGGCAACCGUUUCGCAUCGGAACCGGUGAUGCGCCGACGCCUGACGGGGCAAACCCAGCAACUGCCCAACGGGAAACUGGGCUGGAAGUUCGAUCAGGAGAUUCGGGAGCAGCGGAUCAACGGGACGGGCGCUCCAUCGGUGGACCUGUGGCCGACGCUGGAUAACAUAACCUGCCCGACCCUGCUGGUGCGCGGUAUGGAGACCGACCUGCUGGCCGAGGAGACGGCGCAGCAGAUGGUAGCCACGCUGAAACAGGGCACGCUGGCUCAGAUAGAGCGAGCGGGACACAUGGUGUUUGAGGACAAUCCGGCCGACUUCAUUGCCGCAGUACACGGCUGGCUGGCCGGCUGA